UUUUAAAUACAAAAAUAAAAAACCGGCUGUUGUGUCUGGCCUGAUUAGAUAAAGUUAUUUUAAUUGUAGUAUUACUUUGCAUACGUAGUAUUUUUCUUUCUUACAAUUUCAUGAUCCUUAAAUUAUUUAUAUGGUGUUACUUCUAAACUGAGAUAAUAAUAAAUCAAAACGAUGAGUGGCGAAAACAGCACGAUCCUGGUUACCGGAGGCUCUGGGCUCGUGGGCCAGGCGAUAAAAACUGUAAUUGACGAAGAAAAGAAGUCUGGGUUAGGUGCUGGUGAGACGUGGAUUUUCUGUGGUUCCAAAGAUGGUGAUCUUAGAGACAGAGCUCAAACUGAAGCCCUGUUUGAUAAACACAAACCCACCCAUGUGGUGCACCUGGCUGCAAUGGUGGGUGGACUGUUUCACAACAUGGCCCACAAUCUGGACUUCUUUAGAGAGAACAUGGCAAUAAAUGAUAAUGUGUUGAAUGCAAGCCACAAACAUAAUGUGAGCAAGGUUGUGUCUUGUCUGUCUACAUGUAUCUUCCCAGACAAAGUCACAUACCCCAUUGACGAGACUAUGAUACACAAUGGCCCGCCACACUCUUCAAACUAUGGGUACAGUUAUGCUAAAAGAAUGAUAGACGUACUUAACAGGGGCUACAGCGAGCAGCACGGGCGCUCGUACACGUCGGUGGUGCCGUGCAACGUGUUCGGGCCGCACGACAACUUCUCGCUGCAGUCCAGCCACGUCAUACCCGCGCUCAUCCGCCGCAUGGACGACGCCAUAGUGAGCGGUGACAAAACAUUCACAGUGUGGGGCAGCGGCAAGCCCCUGCGCCAGUUCAUCUACUCGCUGGACCUCGCGCGACUCUUCGUGUGGGUGCUGCGCUACUACGACAGCGUGGACCCUAUUAUACUAUCAGUGGACGAAAAAGACGAAGUGACAAUAAGCGAAGUGGCCGAAGCUAUCAAGAAAGCCCACGGUUUCCACGGCGAGAUAGUGUUUGACACCAGCAAGGCAGACGGACAGUACAAGAAGACUGCCUCCAACAGCAAGCUGAGGGCUCUUCACAAGGACUUCGAAUUCACGCCCUUCGAUGAAGCGAUGCGCGCUACGGUGGCGUGGUAUAAAGAGAAUAGAGCUGUUGCUAGAAAAUAGCCAGAUGUCUACACAAAUGUUAGCAAAAAUAAGGCUUAAAGGUCAUAUCUCAUUGCAGCCACCCCGCACCUGAUGUCUUAUGACUGUCAUCAUCAUCUCCUUACCCUUAUCCCACUUAAAUGGAAUCGGAAAAAUAUGUCAAUCUUUUCCAUUCGUCUCUAAUGCUCGUCAACUCAUCAUCCACUCCUUUUACACACAUGUCUUCUUUCACACAAUCCAACCAUCUCUUCUUUGGCCUUCCUCUCCUCUUAUGUCCUUCCACUUGCACAUUCAACAUUUUUCUAGUAAUAUUACUUUCCUCCCUACGUAUUACAUGUCCAUACCAAGCUAACCUUCUACUCCUAAAUUUUUGUGUCACUGGCGCCACCUUCAGACUUCCUCUUAUAUACUGACGUCUUAUGACUGUAACUAUCAAUAAAUAGUUAAGCCAGAUUUUUUCCUGAAAUUUGAUCCAAUAAACAAAUGGAUUAAGAAUAAAUAAUAAUUCAUUUAUUUUGCUAUCAUCCGCGAAAAGCUGACGAAACCAUGCGACGUCACCCAGGUCCGACAAUCUAUGUUUCACUAGGUCUCUAUGUUUCACCCCGAAACCAGAGUAUCCUCAGAAGCAAACGUGCAAUUGAUUAAGAUUGUUGCUAAUUUGGAUCAUAAAUAAGUUAUUAAUAUGUGUAAGUCGGUAAUGACUUGGGCUUGCGGUUACGCAAUAAAAGUAGAUACAAAGAUACUAAAACUAAAUUAUGUAUGUAUUAAGUACAAAACCCUAUGGUUAGUGGUAGUGCUAUGACGACUGAAUGUAGUAAGGUAAACGUCUAACAGUCCUACACUACGUUUCAAUGCGCAAUAUUGAUCGAAGAUCGAAAGAAACACAAGAGGUGUGGGUUGUGUACUGGUAGGGUAACGGGUUGCUCUAAUGGGUUAUGACCAUACUAUGUUUAUUUAUAUAAUAAUGUAUCAGAUUUUUUUUUGUUAUGUUGUUUAUUAAUAUUCUUGGAAUAAGAGGAAUUUUAUAUUAAAAUCAAAGUCAAUGUCAAAACGGUACAAAAAUGAAGCGUGCUUUGAAAAUAUGUUUUUUGUAUGAAAUAGGUAAUAGAUACGGAAAUAUACGACAGGAAUAUAAAUUUGAUGAAUUUGAGUUUCUCAAAAUGCCACAAAAUCUUAAGCUGUAAAUUUUAUUAUUCUGUACAUAUGUACAGACUCUUAAUACUUAAGUAAUUUGAAUUUUUGGGUGAAGAGAGAAAAGGUUAUUAUUUAAUUUGUAUUUAUUUAUGCGUUAAACGCAGUCUAGAAAUAAUAUUACAAUAAUAUUUAUAGUUUAGACUGUAUUGAAAUAAAGAAUUAUUAUUUAUUAAAA